CCGGCUCCCGGCAUUCCGCGGGCGGGCGGCGCGGGGCGGCGGGGAGCUGCCGCCGCCGCCGCCUCCCGUCACCUCAGGCGCUGCCGGCGCGGAGCGGGGCGGGCCGGGCAGGGGCAGCCCGAGCCCGCCCGGCCGCAGCGGUGCCCCCCCCGGCCUCUACCGCUGCGGCCAUCGCCCCCCUGGCCGCCCGCUGCCGCCGCCCCCCGGCCGCCACCAUGCAGGAGCUGAUCGCCAGCGUGGAUCACAUCACCUUCGACCUGGAGCUGGCGGUGGAGCAGCAGCUGGGGGCGCAGCCGCUGCCCUUCCCCGGCAUGGACAAAUCGGGCGCAGCUGUCUGUGAAUUUUUUUUAAAAGCGGCUUGCGGGAAAGGGGGCAUGUGCCCAUUCCGACACAUCAGUGGGGAAAAGACAGUUGUUUGCAAACACUGGCUACGAGGACUGUGCAAAAAGGGAGACCAGUGCGAGUUUCUUCACGAGUACGACAUGACCAAGAUGCCUGAGUGUUACUUCUACUCCAAAUUUGGGGAAUGCAGUAACAAAGAAUGUCCAUUCUUGCACAUUGACCCGGAGUCUAAGAUCAAAGACUGUCCCUGGUAUGACAGAGGCUUCUGUAAACAUGGUCCUCUCUGCAGACACCGGCACACUCGAAGAGUCAUUUGUGUGAAUUACCUGGUAGGAUUCUGUCCAGAGGGGCCUACCUGUAAAUUCAUGCAUCCUCGGUUUGAACUGCCAAUGGGAACCACAGAGCAACCACCACUGCCUCAACCGACACAAACACAGCAAAAGAGGACACCUCAAGUCAUUGGAGUCAUGCAGUCUCAAAAUAACAACACUGGGAACAGAGGGCCCCGGCCGUUGGAGCAGGUCACCUGCUACAAGUGUGGUGAAAAAGGUCAUUAUGCCAACAGAUGCACCAAAGGACAUCUGGCCUUUCUCAGUGGGCAGUGAAAGAGCAGAAGGAAGAGCGCAAGGGAGCCGUUAACACUGAGGAAAGGUUUCUGCCUAGCACUAUGUCUGGAACUAUUAAUCAGGUUGUUUUUUAAUGCCAUUACUGAAAGAACUGGUCAGAGGCUGGCUGCUGCUAAGCAACGUUUUUGUAAUUGUCCACAACUUUUUUUUAUGUUUUAACCUUUUUAAAAUAGAUUUCGGCCUCGUCCUGUUUUCAUUGAGCCCUGCUGAAAG